AAGGAAAAUAUAAAGAAGAAGGAUAUAGUAAGGUUGAUUCUGCAGAUAAUUUAAGUAUACUUAAGAUGAAAGGACUGGUGGUGAAUGAUAGUUUUUCUUGUUUUUUGGAUGAAGUAGUGUUCAUAGAUGAACUAACUAUAGGAGUAGUUAAAGGAUUAUUAGGCUGA